CAAUAAUAAUAAUAGAAAAAGAAUAAUGGAAACAAAAUCCAAUUUGGUUUUGUUAUAUGUUCCAAAACAUCUAGUUCCUUCUUUUGCCUUCUUCCCCACGACUUCCUAACUAACCUUUGCCUAUUCUUUAUCCAAAAUUCGAAAACCAAAGGCUAUAUUAGUAAUUUAACCAAGCAGCGGAUUCCUCUUUGUGUAGUGCAGCUUGUGCCAACAAAUCACUCUCUCCAAACAUUUUUCAAGCUUUCAUUUCGUUCCGCUUUCGACCGCCUUUAAUUCUCUCUCUCUCUCUCUCUCUAGGGUUUUCUCUCUUUCUUAACCGCGUAUACUUUUGAAAACAUAGAAAAAGAAAAAACACUUGUUCUACGUCUAGCAAUUUAAAUAAUCAAUUAUUGCUAACGAAAUCCAAUAAUUAAACAAACACUCAUUCCUCCCAGAAAUAUUAAGAAUUCGAUUCACCCAUCCUCAACUAUGAUCUUCCAGCUCCUUUCUGGGUCAACCAUGGCUUGAUUCUUCUGCUCAUCUCUUCCGGUGUGGCAAGUCCUGGGAUGGAAGUAUACAAUGUUCCUGGUCAAGGACUUGCUGAUAUGUAUCUGAUUGUUUUGGAUUUCCCAGAUUCAAAGUUCUGAGCCAAUCCCACAGUUUAUUUCCCAAUUUGAACCACUUGAAUCCAUGUAUAAUGAGGGAGCUCCGGACUACUUUGUCGAUCAGGGCUUGUAUUACCCCCCUACUACCAACUAUGGAUAUAUCUGUACAGGAUUUGAAUCAACUGGUGACUGGGAAGACCACCAAAGGAUUUUUGGUCUGGAUGGUCAAGAUCUUCAGUAUACUGGUGUGACAAAUGAAAAUCUGCCAUAUGUAUAUUAUAAUCCUACCUAUGGAUAUGGGCAGUCACCUUAUAACCCAUACAAUCCUUAUAUUCCUGGUGCUAUGAUAGGACUGGAUGGAUCUAUUGUAGCGCCCCAGCAGUACUAUGCAAUUCCCUCGUAUGAAAAUCCCAUUUCAUCACCUUCGUAUGUGCCCGUGGUUCUUCAAUCAAGGCCCGAGUCUCGUGCAAAUGGGAUAGGAGACUCAUUCGUUGAUAAUGCUGUAUCUGUUAGUAAAGUUGAUGGUCUAGUUUCUAGAUACAAUUUGCCUCCAAAUACCCCUAAUUCGUCACUGGCUCGACUUGGGGAUAACUCUAGUCGAAGAAAUUCCUUUGCAAGGAUGUCUGAAGGGGGUGGAGCUACUACUGGAUCUGUCAAGCAGCAUUGGCCUAAUGUUACUUCUGUUAAUUUUACUAAUAGAGCAUCAUCACAGAUAUCUCUGGCAAGAGACCCUCAAGGCACAGAAAAUGCUUUACGCGGGAAGGCUUCAUCUGCUAGUAGUCAAUCAAAGAGUGCUUUUGCUUCUGCAAAAGUAUUGUCUGGUUUCGAAUCAAGCAAUCACGCUCAGGCAUCUGUACAUAGAGUUAAGCCCAAUGCACUCUACGAUAGAGUCACUGAUGCUGAAAGAGCCAGCCCUGACACAUUGAGAGAGCAGAACGGGGGACCAUUGAACGAGCAGAAUCGGGGGUCUAGGACAAACAAAUUGAAAAAUGAAUUGGUGGUUAGAGCCUAUACAACAAGGGCCGGAAAUCCGGAUGCUCAAGGGAACAUUACUAUCUUUAAAGACCAGUAUAACAAAAUUGAUUUUCCUGUCGACUAUGCAAAUGCAAAGUUCUUUGUGAUCAAAUCGUAUAGUGAGGAUGAUGUGCAUAAGAGUAUAAAGUACAACGUUUGGUCUUCUACACCUAAUGGGAACAAGAAGCUCACUACUGCAUAUCAAGAUGCCCAUAGAACAGGCCUAGGAGAUUUAAGAGGCUGUCCUAUCUUCCUCUUUUUUUCUGUUAAUGCUAGUGGCCAGUUCUGUGGUGUUGCAGAGAUGACUGGCCCUGUGGACUUCCAUAGAGAUAUGGAUUUCUGGCAGCAAGAUAAAUGGAGUGGUAGCUUUCCUGUGAAGUGGCACAUUAUAAAGGAUUUGCCAAACUCUAAUUUUAGGCACAUUAUACUAGAGAAUAAUGAGAACAAGCCAGUGACAAACAGUAGAGAUACACAAGAGAUAUGCUACAAGAAAGGUUUGGAGAUGCUGAGAAUUUACAAAAGCCACACAUUAAAAACAUCCUUGCUUGAUGACUUCAUGUACUAUGAGAAUAGACAGCGAAUUUUGCAGGAAGAGAGAACCAGGCUGCUCAGAAAGAGUUACGAAAAUCAAUAUCUUGUUCCACAACUCGAUCCUCCUCGCAAGCUUCAUUAUGUUCAUGAUUUUCCUUACACUGGAGAUGUAAAUGGUACAAAUAAUGAUGCCGAUAAUUUGACCAUUGUGAACAAAAACAAAGUUGCGGAAGAUUCUGAAACGGACAGCUCAGUGAAGAAGAAGCACUCUGCAUCUACAGAGCAGGUGUCCUCCUCAGAUUCUAGUACCAACAAAUUAACAAGUGUCAGUGAAAGCGGCGCAGAUGGAGUGCGGAAAACAGUUGAUGAAUUAGAGAUGAGGUCAUUGACAAUAAAUGCAGAGAAGACAGAGCCUGAGUGUCCAUUGGCUAGUGCUGCUGUUUCUAGCACGACAAAAAGGGAGCAGGUUAAGGUUGUGACUAUAGGGUCAAUGGCAGUGAAAGUUACGGGAAAUGAGUCUUGUGGUUUUUUAACAGUUGGAACAAUACCACUUGAUCCCAGAGCUCUUAAGGGUGAUUAGGUAUAUAUUGAAAGAGGUGAAAAUUUUCUUUUGAAUGGGUUUUGGACAAGUUCUUGGUGAAGAAGUUGUGUAUAUUUGGAUUUUGGAGUGUAUCAUUCAUUAUACUCGGUCAUGGCUCUACAGUUUUCAGUCACUGGUAGAGUUAUUCCUUGGGUGCCGGCUUGCAGUUUGAUUGGAUGGAGGACAGACUUCUUAUUUGACUACAUUGAUUGAUGAAGAAUACUGAUGUUUUUUUUUUUUUUAUCUUUUUUAUUUUUCCCCAAGUAGGGUGGAGGUGAUGAUACACUCUCUUAUGUUUAACUUUCUUUUGUUUUUUGGCUUCCAAUGAUUAUAAAAGUGAUAUGAAAAAAGAAAAAGAAGAAAAAAAAGAAAAAAAAGGCAAUACGCCAUAUUCAGUGCCUCUGUUU